AGAAAAGUCCUUCAUAUCAGAUUUGAUACUGGGUCAGAGGGAGUUCAGUGCAGAAUCCAGAUCAGUGUGUGUGAAGAGUGAAGCAGAAGUAUGUGGACGUCUCAUCACUCUGGUGGAGCUUCCAGCUCUCUACAGCUCUCAGCUCUCAGAGGAGGAAGUGAUGCGGGAGACUCUCCGCUGUGUCUCUCUCUGUGAUCCUGGAGUUCAUGCUUUUCUCCUCGUCCUGCCUGAGGGACGUCUCACUGAUGAAGAUAAAGGAGAACUGGAGAAGAUCCAGAUGAUCUUUGGAACAAAAUUCAGAAAGCACACUAUAGUCCUGAUCACUCAGUCCUCUCAGAACAAACCACUAGACCAGGACAGUGAGAGUUUGGUCAAAACCUACGGACAAACAUAUCAUUCAAUCAGCUCCAACACAGAAGCAGAAGAGGUGAUUCAGAGUGUCAGAAAUCUACUGAAAGAAAACAGAGGAAGUCUGUUCACAGCGGUCAUGUAUGCAGCUGCACAGAUAGAAGCACAUCUCAAAUACAAGAGAAAAAAUAAAGAUGUGAAACAAGAAAUCAGCGAACUCAAACUGAGCAGCAGCAAUCAAAUACAGGGUACAGAAGAUCUAAGAAUUGUUCUCCUGGGGAAGACUGGAGUGGGAAAGAGUGCUACAGGAAACACCAUCCUGCAGAAAGAGUUUUUUAAAGAGUUAAUUUACGAUGAGUCAGUUACCAGCAUCUGUCAGAAAGAAUCAGCUGAGGUCCAAAAGAGACUGGUCACUGUGAUCGACACUCCAGGACUGUUUGAUACGAGUAUUUCUAAUGAAGAAAUCAUAAAGGAAAUCGCUAAAUGUAUCACCAUGGCUGCACCAGGUCCACACGUCUUUCUGCUGGUGCUGACAGUGGGACGCUUCACACCAGAAGACGAAGAAGUAGUGAAGAUGAUCCAAGAUCUGUUUGGUGAAGAAUCCAGAACAUACACCAUGGUGCUCUUCACCAGAGGAGAUGAUGUGAGGAGAAUGAGCAUUGAAUAUUAUAUUAAAUGUUCCAGCCGCAGGUUACAAAACAUCAUUAACCAGUGUGGAAACAGAUACCACAUGUUCAACAACAGAAAUCCUGCAGACCAAACCCAGGUCACUGAUCUACUGGAGAAGAUCGACUCCAUGGUGGCAUGUUUGUGCACAGUCAGCACUGUUGUAGGUGCGGUUGUGUAUGACUGUGUGGUAGGCUACACUUGUGUCACCUCAGCUGGUGUAAACUAG